AUGUCAAACCAAACCGCUAAAAGAAAAUCCAUGGAGAAAUCUGAAAAAUCCGAAAUCACGAAGAAGUCUAAGUCAGACCAUUGUAAUACCCCUGAGCCGGUUGCCAUUCGUGGUCAUAUUCCUAGUCUCAUCGCCUCCCUUCAAACCGCAACCGAAGCAUUGCAGGAUGAUUACGAUAGGAACGAGGAGGAGCGGGAAUCAACUGAGAAGUGGGUUGCAGCGCUGGAAAAAGACCUAGAAGCACUCAGAGACAGACGUGACGAACUCGAGAAGGAAUGCGAUGAGCUUGAUAACAAAUAUGAUUCCCUUGAUGAGAAAUAUAGAGUUCUCCAAAGCUCAGAAGCCUUCCAGAAAAAUGAGGUCAAGAAGCUAAAAGAUCAGCUCGCCAAGGAAAAAAGCAAAAACGAGGCCUUCUCAAUUGAUAAACGCAAGAUGGUUUCAGAUAUGCUCGGGAAGAAUAAAGAGUGGCUCAGCGAUUUUGAGAAAUUGGAAACAAGAGCGAAGGUGGCGUUUAGCGAGAUGAAUAAAGCUAGAAAGAAAAACGGUGAUUCACCAUAUAGCAAAGAGGAAUUCGAAAAAGUAGUGGAGAGAUACAUAUAG